AGCCCAUCAGCCACGGAGGCCCAGGCGGUACCGAGAGAGAGAGAGAGAGAGAGAGAGAAUGGUGACGGGAUCGCUCCUGGGGCUCAAACCCUGCACAUCGCUGCCCUCAAUUACUCCCCUAAAUCGUCCGCCCGCUCCGAGAAACGCCCUUUCUUCUCCUGUUACGGCGGUCUCGGGUUGUCGGAACAACCAGUUCAAUUGGAACCUAAGGUUUCACUGCCCCAAGCCUGCGAUUCCGAUCAGGAAGCAGACCACGGUGCGAAGAGACACCGUCGUUAGAUCGGAGAUAGCUGCUGCCGGGUUCCCUGAUGACGCGGCAAGCUCCCUUACAGAAUUUCAAUUGGUUUCAAGAAUCAGAGGGAUUUGCUUUUACUUUGUCACGGCUGUGUCUGCGAUCUUUCUGUUUGCCGUAAUGGUGGUGGUGCACCCAUGUGUGGUCCUUUUUGAUAGGCAUCGGCGCAGGGCUCAUCACUUGAUUGCAAAGAUUUGGGCAACAAUGACUAUUGUUCCGUUCUAUAAAUUUGAGUUUGAGGGGAUGGACAAUUUGCCUCCUCAGGACACCCCAGCUGUGUAUGUCUCUAACCACCAGAGCUUCCUGGACAUAUACACUCUUCUGACACUUGGAAGGUGCUUCAAGUUUAUAAGCAAGAGAAGCAUAUUUCUGUUCCCAAUCAUCGGAUGGGCAAUGUUCCUCAUGGGUGUAAUACCUCUUCGCAGAAUGGAUAGCAGGAGCCAGCUGGAUUGUCUCAAGCGUUGCAUGGAAUUGGUGAAGAAGGGAGCAUCUGUUUUUUUCUUUCCAGAAGGAACUAGGAGUAAGGAUGGAAAGUUAGGUGCUUUCAAGAAAGGGGCAUUUAGCGUUGCUUCAAAGACCGGUGUGCCUGUUGUGCCCAUAACCCUUAUGGGAACUGGAAACGUUAUGCCUGCAGGAGAGGAGUGUAUGAUAAACUCAGGUUCAGUGAAAGUUGUAAUACACAAGCCUUUAGAUGGAAGAGAUGCAGACAAACUCUGCAAUGAAGCUAGAGAUUCAAUAGCUCAAACACUCUUGCUUCAUGGCUAUGGAGUACAUUGAAAUAACUAGAUACUACUGAAUUUCGGACAUCUCAUGUUGAUGUUUUCACUUUGUCGAACACUUUCAGGAGUAGCAUCUUCUGACUCUAUAGAGGGUGAACAAACUGCACAAGAAUAAGAGGAAACAUGAUAGGCUUUUAGAAGCACUACCUGUUGCAGAGGCAGUGAGGACUACUGGUUUAACCGGGAAUUCUGGCGAGUGAAGCUAGUUUCAAAGUAAUGAAUUAGAAUUCCUAGUUUUCCUUUUGAAGAAAUUCUGAGACUCUUUCUUUAAUAAGAGUUUUCCUAGUCUUCCUUCUCUUAUUGACAUUAGUAAUGUGGAAAGGUAUAUGAAUAAAUGGUUUCUGACUCCUAAA